UUUUUCGUGUCCGUUGGGUUCAGUUUUAGUUCCUGAACGAAGGCGAACGGAUUCGGGCGCGCGUCGUUCCCGCAACGCGAGACCGAAUUAUGAAAUUCCCACGUCGGUGUAAAGUGAGAUGAUUUGAGGCCUGAAGUUACAAACAAAUUCCUUUCCCGUUGCGUCGCCCCAACAUCAUGCUUGACAAACUCAACAUAAACGCAUUCAUAUCGUUUGGAUUGGGAUUCAUAUUGAUAUGUCUGAGCGAAGCCACGGAGACCCAAGUGAACUACACAGCCAAGCCGCGAGUGGUUCUUCCGCCUAAUUAUGUCAAGGAAAUACGACCGCCCUCAAAGAAGGGUUCCCCAGUGAUAGUAGACUUUAGCAUAUUUGUUGUAGAUAUUAACUCAAUUAACGUAGAGGAUAUGGACUUUAGCAAUGCUGUGUAUAUUUUCAGAGUAGACAUGUUUAUACAUCAGCGCUGGCAUGAACCCCGACUGGAGAUACCCGAUGACAUAUUCGAGGAGGGCGACGACUACGUGACACUGCUUCCAGAAGUCUUUGAGAAUUUUUGGCAGCCGGAUCCGUAUUUUCUCAACUCUAAGAUUGCCGGAUAUGGAAGUCCAUAUGUUGCCUCCACCUCUAUGCUACGCAAUAAGGGUGAAAGAGAUUCGAAAAACUUUCAUCUGAACAAAGAUUUAAAAAUAGCGACGCUGACCCACAAGUUCACAUCGGUGACGCUGUACAAGAACAAGACGGUGCGCUAUGCGGCACGCAUGCACGCCAUCAUUGCCUGCCAGAUGGAGUUCCAGCUGUACCCCAUGGACAUCCAAGUGUGUCCCAUCCACAUUGAGAGCUUCUCAUCGAACAACCAGAAAGUGAAGCUCCGCUGGUCGGACUCUGGCGUGACCCUCAAUCCCGAACUGAAGCUGCUGCAGUACAAUCUGGGCCAGCCGCUGCAGCUGGAGGAGAGCGACGGCUACAUGCCGGAGAAGGUUGGCAACUUCUCGCGCCUCACCGUCUACUUCCGCUUCGAGCGCCAGAUCGGCCAUCAUCUCAUCCAGACCUUUGCCCCCUCCUCGCUGGUGGUGAUGCUCUCCUGGUUCAGCUUCUGGCUCGGCCUAGAUGCCAUCCCAGGACGAGUCACACUCCUUGUGACCUGCAUGCUGACGCUGGUCACCAUGUUCACGGGUGCGGACAUACCCCCAGUGGCAUAUGUGAAGGCCCUGGACCUGUGGAUGGCCGGCUGCAUGCUCUCCGUGUUCGCAGCCCUGGCCGAGUUCGUUGUGGUGAAAGUGCUGGACGUGCAGUACCAGUACCAGGUGAACCGCAUACCCAAGGUACUGCCCAUGCGCAUCAGCAACAUGGAAAAAGGUCAAUGUGCAACGGUGGCUAGCUGGGAGGGCGGUGCCGUGCGCUCGCGCAAAGCCACCCAAACGCCCACGACGCCCGGACAGACAUCGCUGCAGGGCAAUGGGGGACCGCCGAAGCCGGCACGCAGGCAGAGCCUUCUCUCGGUGGCAUGGACGGACACGGACACGGGUGUCGAGAAGAUAAUGUGGCGCGAGAUCGAUAAGGUGUCCCGCGCUGUCUUUCCCAUACUCUUCUUUGUGUUUGUCCUUCUGUACUGGCCGAUACUGUUGAUGAAGUCCUCCUAGGAAUUGGGGAGUUCCAGGCCGCGCUUGUCUGGAC